AUGAUGUGGUGGAAGAGUGGUGCCGCUGGUGCGUUUCCUGCAGCUUCCUGUGCACUCGAUAUCCGACUUCCCGUCUCUGAGUUGGUUUUCCGAUUUGCGAUUGGAGAUUCGGAGCCAGAAGGGGAUCUCUGGUCAUGGAUUCACAUCCUCGAUCUUGCCAUGCUGGUCAAGUUCACUUGGUGCAUUGACAAGCGUCUGCUCAGCCUUGCCAGGUUGUCGCGCGAAGAUGUCGUGUUCCAGGGCUGCCGCACCUUCCCGGGACUCGAACAGCUGUGCGUUCAGGUCAUCGAUGGGCCUUAUAACACAGAGAUGGCCGCGAGCGAGCCAGCUUGUGUGCUUCCGUGUGUGCGCGAGCUGACCACAGCCUGCAAAGUGUUGCCUGCAGUUCUCCCAUGCACACCAUUUGUGAACAAACUGAAGAUUUGGAAUGAAGCUGCCGGGAGACUGCUGUUUACGCUCCAGCGCAUCGAGAGGUAUAUUCCGCCCACGAUAACUAACGUAGCAUUGCAGUCGGAUAAUGGCAAUUACUCCCUUUGGUCCGGGAUCCUUGCCUUCUUCCCGAACCUGCGCACCCUCGAUUUCCGUGUCAAAGAGUCCAGCGGUGAUUCUCGGCCAAGCGAGGCCCCUCACUUCCUCGCCAGCCUAUCGACCAUCCUUCCGCCCACUCUCGAAAGUCUCCGUGUCCAUAUUUGGUCCUCAAGGGCUGUCCUUCCCGGGGGGCAAACGGGAAGAGUGGGAUUGAGCCGUCUUCCAAGCGCGGAUGAGCUCCAGGCAGAACUACUGAAAGGUAAUCCCUCACUUUUCGCUGGCGAGUCUGACACCCAGGGUGGCGGCCUCUACUGGGCGGAAACAAGCGGCGUGAAAUCAGCCGCGGACGGCCCGGAUGGCAAGCAGCAGGGCACAACCGGCGGGGACAAGUCGCUAUGCGUGUUCAAGUUUUUCACGGUCUACUGCCCCCACCGACGGGCGCUCCGCCUUCCGCAGACACCACCCGGCCCGUUCGCCGACGCUGCAAUCGAUUCCCAUUCCACUCCUCUCCACCUGCCCCCCAUGUCCUCUCCAGUCCCCGUCUUCGACGCAAAAGCGAUGCCCUUCCGCCGGUUGGGCCCCAGCGGUCUGCGCGUGCCGCUCUUCUCUCUCGGCGGCUGGCUCACCCUCGGAGGCUCCGUCGUCGGCGAGAGCGUCAAGGACAUCAUGCAGGCCGCCUUCGAGAAUGGGAUCAACAUGUUCGACACCGCGGAGGACUACCAGAAAGGUGCGGCUGAGCGCGAAAUGGGACACGCUAUCAAAGAACUUGGCUGGCGCCGCACGGACCUCGUCAUCUCAACCAAGAUAUUCUGGAGCCACGAGCCAGGCACGGGCCCGAACGACACGGGGCUGUCGCACAAACACGUUAUCGAGGGCACGAAGGCUUGUUUGCGACGGCUCCAGAUGGACUAUGUCGACGUCAUCUUCGGCGCAUCGUUGCGAUACCACCGGCUAGUUCCGAUGGAGGAGAUCGUCCGCGCAUUUAACUAUGUUAUCGACCAGGGCUGGGCUUUCUACUGGGGCACCUCCGAGUGGAGCGCGCACCAGAUCGAGGAGGCGCAUCAUGUUGCCACGCGCUUAAACCUCAUCGCGCCGAUCGCGGAGCAGUGCAAGCACAAGUCUGCGCCAUCUUCUUUCUUCCUUCGAAAUAAUGCUGAGGAGACGAUAGCAUGUUCCACCGCGAACGUCCGGAGAAGGAAUACGCGCCCCUUUGUACGCCAAGUACGGCCUGGGCACAACCGCAUUCUCUGCACUGCAGGGCGGACUGCUGACGGGGAAGUACAACGACGGCAUCCCAGACGGCACGCGCUUCGCCACCGUGCCCAUGUUCCGGGGGGCGACGGAGGGUCCCCAGGGCGAAGAGCUGCUUUGGAAAGUGCGUCUCCUCAGCCAAAUUGCUGCGGGUGCGUCGUUUCUCCCCGACUUGCUGAACUCUGGGCGGAACCGCUGGCGCUCGCGUGGGUUGCGGCGCACCGCCACACUUCCACAGUCAUCCUCGGCGUGUCCUCCGUCGCACAGCUCGAGGCGAACCUCGGCGCGCUUGAGGUCCUGCCCAAGCUGGAUGCUGCGGUGUUGGCGCGGAUCGAGGCUGUGUUGGGUAACCACCCGCAGGAGCCGGAGACGUAUGGUCGCCCGCCGCUGGAUCAGGGCAUCCUUUGA